UUCUUAACAUAAGUUCUUUUUUAUUGUUUGUUAAAAAAAAUGUUUCGAUUCACGCGUUCUACUGCAAUUUUGCAAAUCGGUGAUGAACGCUUAGUUUAUACUCGUGAUCGUGAUGCAAUCCCCAACGAUUUGAAUUUAUCUGUGGAAAUACAAAGUUCAGAACAAGUUAACGUUCAAAAUGAAAAUGCCGUCGGUCGCGAUGUCGUUGAAGAAGAGAAUGAAGAAGGUGCCAUUGGCUAUGACGUCAUUCAUGUUCAAAUGGCUGGGGACGUAAACACCAUUAAAGAAAAUGGUGAUGAUUCUGUAAUUUACGUUGGAACUUUCGAAGACGACUCGGUGAUUUUCAUUGGUGAAACUGUGAAGAAUGAAUCGAAAAAACCGAAAGAAGAACUCUUGGUGCCAAAGAACGAAUCGAAAGAUAUGCAUUUGCUCUGCAUGGAAAUGGAUGCAAUGGGUCUACAAUGUGUAGCUGAUCCAAAGAAGGACGACGGGGUCAAUGAAACCAAAAAAAUUAAGAAGGAAGAUGGCGUCAAGAAAGAAUAA